GAUCCCUGGGAAACACCUGAGCGGCACGAAUGCAGAAAGCUUGUGCGAGCAGCAACAGGUGCAGCGGAUACAGCUGUAGGAGAUAGUUGCAGUGAAAGAAAGACUUUGGUUGAUUUUAGAAGAAGGAAAGGACGUACAACAAGGCUAAACGAUGCCGUCACUUGGACUGGAGCUGGUUGGCAUCAGUCUGUCCGUGCUGGGCUGGUUGCUGAGCGUCGUCAGCUGUGCGAUGCCUAUGUGGAGGGUGUCCGCCUUCAUCGGGGCCAACAUCGUCACCGCCCAGGUGUACUGGGAGGGUCUGUGGAUGAGCUGCGUGUUCCAGAGCACAGGCCAGAUGCAGUGCAAGGUCUACGACUCCAUGCUGGCGCUGCCUCAGGACCUGCAGGCCGCCAGGGCGCUCACCGUCAUCACCAUCAUCGUUGGCGUGGUGGCCAUUCUCAUAUCCAUGGUGGGGGCAAAGUGCACCAACUGCAUUGAAGAAGAGGGAGUCAAAGCCAGGGUGCUGAUCUCCUCUGGAGCGGCGUUCAUCGCCGCAGCUCUGGCACUACUGGUGCCGGUUUCCUGGUCAGCGCACACCAUCAUCAUUGAGUUCUACAGUCCACUCAUCCCCUCUGGGCAGAAGAUGGAGAUCGCCAACAUGUCGAUGGGUAUGGAGAUUGUGGGAAUUGCUUUAGGAUUCGUUGGAUUUGCCAUUACGAUAGUGUCAUGCGCCCUGCCUAUGUGGAGGGUGACAGCCUUCAUCGGAGCCAACAUCGUCACCUCUCAGGAGAUCUCGGAGGGUUUGUGGAUGAACUGUGUCACCCAGAGCACGGGCCAGAUGCAGUGCAAGGUCUACGACUCGCUGCUGGCGCUGCCUCAGGAGCUGCAGGCCUCCAGGGCCAUGAUGAUCAUCUCCAUCAUACUCGGUGUGUUGGGGGUCAUGAUCUCCAUCGUCGGAGCCAAGUGUACCAACUGCAUCGACGACGAGCCGUCCAAGGCCAAAGUUAUGAUCAUCUCGGGGAUCUUCUUUGUCCUGGCUGGCCUUUUGGUCCUCAUCCCUGUUUCCUGGACCGCCCAUGUCCUCAUCAGGGAUUUCUACAAUCCCGUCCUGAUCAAUGCACAGAAGAGGGAGCUCGGGGCGUCCCUCUACCUAGGCUGGGGAGCAGCCGGCCUGCUCCUGAUUGGAGGGGCAAUACUGUGCAGCAGCUGCCCGCCAAAAGAGAAGAAGUACAAGCCCCCACGGAUGGCCUACUCUGCCCCGCGCAGCACCAGCGGUGGAGGGUACGACAGGAAGGACUAUGUUUAAACAGGAAAGAAACUGACGUGGAAAGUUAGGUCAAAUGAAAGUGCCUGUUGCAUAUUGUUAUUUUUUUGGUUAUUGUAUAUUGUUGCUCAUGUAUGUCUGCGUGUGGAUGAGUGGAUGGUUGUUUUGGGGUUUUGUUUUUGUUCAGUCUGAAACCACAAGGUAAAACCUCCCUAAAAGACUCCGAGAUGAAGACAUUUGUGUGUACAAAUAGCUACUGCUCUAUCUCCUUUGCUUCUGGCUAAUGUUCAUUUACAUCCUUUAAUCUUAUCGUAAACGCUCCUCAAAGGGAGCGUGGUGGUCUGCUGUUCUGCAAAAUGUAUAUUUUUGAGGUGUUUCAAUAAAUGUUGUAUUAAUUCUAGCAGCUCCUGUAAUGCCGUGAGUAACACCUGCUUCCUGCCUGCGUACCUGUGACCUGCUGCUUGGUGUUGUAUUUCACUGAAACUUGCUGUUCAAACAUUGUGUGAAGAGCCAGGUUUCAUUUUACAUGGAUUUGCUUCUGUAAUUGUUUGUUGCGUGCAAGUGUGUGUGUGUGCGUGUGUGUGUGCACAUUUUGCAUGUUAUAUUUGCUUAAGUGGGUUUCUGCCACGACUGAAACUACGCGUGGAUUGCUGCCCCAGGAAAGGGUUUUAUCUUCAUCUCACAGCUCCACUGUUUGAUUAAAUCAGAAAGACUUAGUUCAGUUCAAAGACAAUUCUUUUUAUAUAUCCAUAGUUGUGAGUUUGUUGUACAUUUAUGUAAAAAAAAAAUGCAUUUGUAACGUAUUUUAUGUUUUCAGGUGAUUGUUGUUUUUGUUUUUGUUUUCAUAUUGAUGCAUUGUGUCUCAGUUUCAGUCAUUAUGGUACAGUUUUUUGUCAUAUUCUAUCAAAUUCUAACAAAUACCCAUCACCAAUUUGGGGGAUGGAGGGGUGUUACAGCUAAAUAUUGUUUGUGUUUGUGUCCAAAUUAAGAUAUGAUCUGUUUCACAUCCCUGUUUUUAGUUUAAUUUUUAUCACAUUUUUUGAUACAGCCGCUCUCUUUUUGUGCCUUAGGUUAUGAACAUUUAAAUAAAAGUCUCCAUUGUAAGACA